ACCAGCACACCUCCAACAGCAGUGCAGCAGCGGUGAGGCAGUUUCUCAAGAGGAAGCAGACGGGAGGUGGUUGAGCUCACUGAGGAGACUAUACACAGAAAAUUGACGAUGGCUGAGAAUAAUAAGAUGGGCCCGAACAUCCAGGCAGGAGCCGGAUUCUUUGCCAAACGGGUCCAAAAGUCCUUGAAUCGAGCUCAGGAGAAGGUCCUUCAGAAACUGGGCAAAACUAUGGAGACCAGGGACGAACAGUUUGAGCAAUGUUCCCAGAGCCUCAACAAACAACAGAUGGAUGGAAAUAGGUUGUUUAAAGAUGUCAGAGCCCACUACGCAGCAGUUAAAGCUGUGCACGACACGUCCAAGCGCCUGUCCCAGACGCUGCGAGAAAUCUACGAACCAGAAUGGAACGGAGCAGAAGAACUUCCUGUCAUUACAGAAAGUGAGGACUUACUGUGGAACGACUAUGAGGAGAAACUGAAUGACCAGAUUGUUCGCACCAUGGAAAAUUACACAAGCCAGUUCCCCGAGGUCAAGGAACGAGUAGCGAAACGCGGUCGUAAGCUGGUGGACUACGAUUCAGCACGUCACCACCUGGAGGCCCUGCAGAGUGCUAAGAAAAAGGAUGAAGCCAAAAUAACCAAGGCGGAGGAGGAAUUCAACAAAGCCCAGAAUGUCUUCGAAGAAAUAAAUAACGAGCUGAGAGAAGAGAUGCCUGUUCUUUAUCAAAGCCGGAUAGGUUGCUAUGUGACAGUGUUCCAAAACAUAUCAAACCUGAGAGAUGUCUUCUAUAAGGAAAUGAGCGUGCUGAACCAUGAGCUGUACAAUGUGAUGAAGAAAGUGGAGACUCAACACUCGGGGAAAGCUUUCAUCAUCAAGGGUCUGAAUAGCACAACGAGCAAGUCGAAGAAGAGAAAGUCCCUGGUCAUCUCCAAUCCCAUCCCCUGUAAUACAGCUUUCCCAACCGACCACGUCUCCAUCCACGCAACCACCCAAAAUGGAAAAGACAAUGAACCCUCUUCUCCUGGUCAAAGAACUGAAAGCAUCUCUGAAGAAACCAGUUCACGGGAAGAAAGUGGCGUCUCAUCCAAAGAUGUGAACUCCUCAGACUCGGAUCUCAGCUCCGCCGGUACCAACACACCCAAGAGGCAGUCGGUGUGUGACAAUGAGAACAGUGACAGUGUGGCAAGUGAAAGUCAAGAAGAUGUGGCAGCUACGGCGGCGGCAGAACCAGAGCUCGCUACAAACCAGUCAGAUGACUCUGGUGUGGGCGUCCCAAAGGCGGAGGCUGCAAGUCAGGAAGUGUCCAGUCCCUCUGAUUCUACAGAAAGCGAUGUACCACAAAGUUCUGAGCAGGAGGAUGCGAGUGAUCCUCUAUCAGGGGAGGCAGAAACCCAACCUGGACCAGUUCCCAUCCCUCGCCAUCGCUCCACAGAUAAAGGCAUCCCGGCUGAGGAACAGGAGACAGAAGCAGCAUCAGACAACCAGGAGACAGCAGAGCCAGGAGAGGAGUCUGAUUCCCUUAAUCCACCUGGCUUCCUAUACAAGGGGGUGGCACUAGAGAGCCAUGCAGCAUCUGAAGAAGGCCUGCUCCAGUUCGAACAGGGAGACAUCAUCCUGGUGCUUUCUGACACUCAUGAGCAGGAAGGCAUGGUGAAGGGGAUCAGGGAGGAGAGCUGGAACCAGCACGGGGAUCUAGACAAUCACUCUGGGAUCUUCUCGGAAAAACUCAUCCAGCCCGCUCAGGCCGAAAAAUGAGGCAAUAGUCACUCCUCAGUCUGUAAUACUUUCUUAUUCCAUCAAGCAAUUUGUGACUCACACACACUCACACAUAUACACACACCCACACACACACGCAGAGGGAGUGAACCCAUAUGUUUUGGGUGCAGAAGCUGUACAAACAGAUGAGCAUAAGUCCCACGUGGUUACUCACAUGUUAUGAUGUUGCAACUCGUGGAACAAAAAUGAUGAAGCUUUAGAACAUUUUGUGAGAUGUUAUGCUUGUUACAUUUCACAGUAUUUUGCUCUUCUUGUAUUCCUAAAUCUUAAAAACUGUGAAACAAAAGAAAUAUUUUAUAUUGAUGCUUUUAUCUUAUGUGUAAAAUUCCCAAAUAAAGUUUGCA